CAAUAUAUGAAUAUUCAUUAGCCGAGCGGUGCUGCGGGCAGGGCGGCGGUUACAAUACAGUGGCAGUUGACGGCAGUAACCCCGCCAUUGCCAGUUAAGUGAUAAUUUUAUAACACAGAAAAAGACCUGUAACGGGCAAAUGGCACAGCGGAUCCGGGCAAGGUCAAAGGUUACAUUUAAAAUUACGCUUACAGCGGACCCCCGGCUUCCAUACAAAGUGCUGUGCGUUCCGGAGACUACGCCAUUCACAGCGGUUCUGAAGUUUGCCGCAGAGGAGUUCAAGGUCCCUGCAGAAACCAGCGCUAUCAUAACAAAUGAUGGAGUAGGAUUAAAUCCCGCACAAACUGCUGGAAAUGUAUUCCUUAAACACGGAUCAGAACUUAGACUCAUUCCCAGAGACCGAGUGGGCAGCUGUUAAUACCCCGACAUCUUGCAAUAUGUAUUUCUAUUGGAAACAUGUUAAAAAGAACUAAUUUAUUCUGGGCUUUUAAAAAAAAAAAAAAGCAAAGACUCUGAAUUUUAAGUCGGUUUUAAGAUUUAAUUCAGUAAGGCUCAUUUCCCUUUAAAAUCAAAGUGACUUUGAAGAUUAAAGAUUUGUAAGGUUUAAUUAUUGCUUCUCAUGUCUAUAAAACCAUAUUGCUUUUGUGACUCUCUCAAUGUAGUCUGGCACUUUUGAAGAACCAGUUCAACAUGUAUGUGUGUAUGUAUGUAACAUCUUAUUAUACAUAUUGCUGGAUCAUAGAUAUAGCAUAAAACUACAUUCAUGUACAGAGAUAUCAUUGUAACACAAAAAUAUUUACACUCAUAUUACAACAUUUUAGUAAUCGGACUCAUUCUCAGUGACUUGAUAACUUUAUUCCAUUGCUCCCCUCUAAAGCAUGUUAUAUAGCUUGUAUAGAAGAGUAAGAGAGCCAUGAUGCCUCCCUUUAGGUGCCCUGUUUAUAAUCUCUGACCCUUUAAAGAGCCUUAGAACAUGACUAAGGAUUAUCAAUCUAACAAAAAUCUUCUCCAAAAAAGACACUCAUUUGUAAAUACCUGUUCUUGUUCCUUGUCAGUUCAGAGCAUGGCACUGGUUGGCUGGGUGAAAAGUCUUUUAUGGUAGAUCUUGAGGGAUUGGGUUUCUCAAAGGUCUCUGAACAUAUGUGGGGUGAGGAUACCGAAGCCUGUCUACACAUCGGUCCUCUGUCUUUUGGUGGAGACUCUGGUUUGGUUGAUAAUCUCCAGUCAUGUUUCAAGGCUUUUUUUUUUUAAAUGCGUCAGGAAUUGACUUACAGGGUAGCUACCCAAAUAGGUAGCACUACAGAGGCAGCUUUAUUUCUUUUAGAGGAGAGAUGAUUUGCAUACUUUUUUCCCUCGGAUCAUUGCCUGACCUAUGAUCCAUUAGGCUGACCAUACACAUAAGAUAAAUGUUGGCCAAAAUGGCAGAUUUGGACCAUUUCGUAUGGCUGAGGGCAAACUCCUGUCUGCCUAAACAGUGAAUCUGACGUGUUUAAUUUUUUUUACCUGUAGGCUGAAACUAGACUUUUCUUAUAUUAUAAUGUGCUUAUUUUGUUGGUUUGCUAGUUAACUGUGGCAUAUUGGUUAGAUGAUCUGUACAAAUUAUCCAACGUACCAUUGACCAGUGACAUUCUGACCUCUGUAUUGCCAGCUUAAAGCUAGGGCUAAGUUGUGUGCUAUCUUUUGGACUGGAGCUGUCACUCAAUAGUUAAAAUCAAUCAAAUAGAGCUACUAAAAGUGGCAGCAAGUCCCGACCUUAAAGGGGUAUUCCGCUGCUCAGCGUUUGGAACAAACUGUUCCGUACGCUGGAGCCAGGAGCUCGUGACGUCAUUGCCCCGCCCCUUCAUGAUGUCACGCUCGCUCCCUCGAUGCAAGUCUAUGGGAGGGGGCGUGACGGCUGUCACGCCCCCUCCCAUAGACUUGCAUCGAGGGGGCAGGGCGGGAUGUCAUGGGGGUGGGGCUAUGAGGUCACAAGCUCCCGACUCCAGCGUUCGGAUCAGUUUGUUCCAAACGCUGAGCAGCAGAGGACCCCUUUAUGCAACGACCAAGACUUGAAGUAUUCAGGAGAUCUUGGCUUUAGUCUAGAAUAUAUCAUACAGAAAAUUAUUUGCUUAUUUUUGUUGAAAAAAAGAUAUUAAAACAUUCUUAUGUUAGAUUAAAUUAUAAUAUUCAACUGGU